AUUACCGUGGUGAACGCAAAGCAUUUUGGGAAUCCGCGGCGCAAACAUAAGGCGCCAGACGCCAGACUUGUUUGCAUGGAGCGAAAAACGCAGUGUUCAAGAUGCCGUCUACCUGCUGUGUUAUAAACUGCAAUAGUCGUUCUCACGAUAGAAGUCGCAUAAAGCUUAAGAACGGAAUAUCCUUUUAUCGUUUUCCAGCGUGGAAAAAUAAUAGUACAAGCCAUGUUUCAGAGGUGACAAAAAGGCGACGAAUGGCAUGGACAGCAGCAGUAAGGAGGCCCAAGAUUACCUUCGAUAACACUCCACCACACAUGAUGGUGUGUUCAAAGCAUUUUCACAAAGGCAAACCUACCUAUGAAAUGUUGGAGUGUGAUCCUGACUGGGCCCCUUCUCUGUACCUCGGCCAUACUGAGGUCAAAGCUAUGAACACAGACCGGUUCAAGCGGUUUAGGAGAAGGGCGACGAGGUCACAACAACAGCAACCCCCAUCGCUAGGCACUGACCACACUGGUCCUGAGGCUGAGUUGGAUAAUGCAGCACCUUUAUACCCAGACAACACUACGCCUGCAACUGAGAUGGAAGGUCCCGUGAAUCCACCCCCAUCGCCGGGCACUGUCCACAUUGGUCAUGAGACUGAGUUGAAUGAAGAAGCACAUUUGUUCCCAGACUACUCUGCACCUCUGGCUGAGAUGGAAGGACAAGAGACUCGGCCCCUACCACCAGCCCCAGACAAUGCAGGGAGAGAGGAAGAUAUGGAAACUGAAACAUCAGGGGAUGAUGGUGCCCCAAUGGGGAAUGUAGAUGAACAGCAGAAGUGCACCAUGUGUGGCCUCAGACUCAAAGAAAUAAUCCGCUUGCAGGAGGAGAAUCGAAAACUGAAGGGAGAGCUCUCCAAAAAGGCCCUGGAUGAGAAUAUUCUCAAAGACAAUGAUUCAAAGGUGAAGUACUACACUGGUCUUCCAUCUUUCAGUCUAUUGAUGGGUGUGCUGAUGCAAAUCAUUCCCAGUCUACCAAAAUCAAAAACAAAAGAAAGAAAACUCAACCAUUUUCAAAUGCUCCUCCUGACCCUUAUGCACUUAAGACUUGAUCUGCCUGUCGAACAUGUUGCACACCUCUUUGACGUUAGCCGACAAACCGCAUCCAAUCUGUUCGUUUAGACCAUCAAUGUACUGCAUGCACACCUCAGCCCUUUGGUGUACUGGCCAAAGCAACAU